AUGUCCAGGCAGGAGAAUGCAGCACCCCAGGAGGUCUGGUCAAGGAUCUCUAAUUCCCAAAGGGACUUGAUAAAGGCCAUCCUGACUGGGGCUCCGGGAGGGCCAGCAGGGUACCUACGGCGGGCCAGUGGGGUCCAGCUGGCCCAUGAGCUGGGCACCGCCUUCUUCGAGCGGCAGCAGCUGUCAGCCGCCAUGGCGGACACUUUCCUGGAGCACCUGUGCCUGCUGGACAUUGACUCGGAGCCCGUGGCCGCGCGCAGUACCAGCAUCAUCGCCACCAUCGGGCCGGCCUCGCAGUCGGUGGAGCGCCUCAAGGAGAUGAUCAAGGCCGGCAUGAACAUCGCGCGCCUCAACUUCUCGCACGGCUCGCACGAGUACCACGCUCAGUCCAUCGCCAACAUCCGGAAGGCGGUGGAGAGCUUUGCAGCGUCUCCGUUCAGCUACCGCCCCGUGGCCAUCGCUCUGGACACCAAGGGACCGGAGAUACGCACGGGUGUCCCGCAGGGGGGCCCAGAGUCCCAAGUGGAGCUGGUGAAGGGCUCCCGGGUGCUGGUGACCGUGGACCCGGCGUUCCGGACGCGGGGGGACGCGAACACCGUGUGGGUCGACUACCCCAAUAUCGUCAAGGUCGUGUCGGUGGGAAGCCGCAUCUACAUAGACGACGGGCUCAUCUGCCUCCAGGUCCAGAAAAUCGGCCCCGAGGGGCUGGAGACGCGCGUGGAGAGCGGCGGCACCCUCGGCAGCCGCAAGGGCGUGAACCUGCCGGGCGCCCAGGUGGACUUGCCGGGGCUGUCAGAGCAGGACGCCCGGGACCUGCGCUUCGGGGUGGAGCACGAGGUGGACAUCGUCUUUGCCUCCUUCGUGCGCAAAGCCAGCGAUGUGGCUGCCAUCCGGGAGGUUCUGGGGCAGGAAGGACGGAACAUCAAGGUCAUUAGCAAGAUUGAGAACCACGAAGGCGUGAAGAGGUUUGAUGAAAUCCUGGAGGUGAGCGACGGCAUCAUGGUGGCGCGAGGCGACCUGGGCAUCGAGAUCCCAGCUGAGAAGGUUUUCCUGGCUCAGAAGAUGAUGAUCGGGCGCUGCAACCUGGCGGGCAAGCCCGUUGUGUGUGCCACACAGAUGCUGGAGAGCAUGAUCACCAAGCCCCGACCGACCCGGGCAGAGACGAGCGACGUAGCGAACGCUGUGCUGGACGGGGCGGACUGCAUCAUGCUGUCGGGGGAGACGGCCAAGGGCCAGUUUCCCGUGGAGGCAGUGAAGAUGCAGCACGCGAUCGCCCGGGAAGCGGAGGCUGCCAUCUACCACCGGCAGCUGUUUGAGGAGCUCCGCCGGGUGGCGCCACUGAGCCGAGAUCCCACUGAGGUCACCGCCAUCGGCGCGGUGGAGGCCUCCUUCAAGUGCUGUGCUGCUGCCAUUGUCGUGCUGACCAAGUCUGGCCGCUCCGCACACCUGCUGUCUCGGUACCGCCCUCGGGCAAUGGUCAUCGCUGUCACCCGCUCUGCCCAGGCUGCCCGGCAGGCCCACCUGUUCCGAGGGGUCUUCCCUGUGCUCUACGGUGAACCUCCGGAGGCCAUCUGGGCAGACGACGUGGAUCACCGGGUCCAGUUUGGCAUUGAAAGUGGAAAGCUCCAUGGCUUCCUCCACGUUGGGGACCUGGUGAUCGUGGUGACAGGCUGGCGACCUGGCUCUGGCUAUACCAACAUCAUGCGAGUGCUGAGCGUAUCCUGAGAUGCCACGUCCCGCUGACACAGCCCGACGUGGACCCCCACACCCUCUGCCCCACGCCCAUGGCCGUCUUCUCUUCUCUCGGUGCUGCCCACCUGGGCCACAUCUGCCAUCCAGCCCCAUCCCAGGGCGCUCCUUCCUGUCUCCAUUUCACGCAGGCCCCUUAAGUCUGUGUCCAAUUAAGCACCAGCCAUCUGGAAGCAUCAGUCCUACAUUCCCUGUACCCAAUGCUCUCAGCCUAAGAUGCUCUGAGCCUUUAAUCCCAGUUUAACUGGUUAAUUCUAUUCCUCUGAGCUUCCUGU